GCGCUAAGGCCCCGCGGCGGCGGCGGCGCUGCCGUGUUGACAGCGGCGGCCGCGCCGGGAACUGCCCCGGGAAGCGGGUUGGCGGCGCCGGUUCUCCCGCUCCCCACUCCGCUAUGGCCUUCAUGGAGAAGCCGCCGGCCGGCAAGGUGCUGCUGGACGACACGGUGCCGCUGACAGCGCAGAUCGAGGCGAGCCAGAGCCUGCACUCGCACACGGAAUACAUAAUCCGUGUUCAGAGAGGAGUUUCAGCAGAAAACAGUUGGCAGAUUGUGAGGCGAUACAGUGACUUUGACUUACUUAAUAACAGCUUGCAGAUCUCAGCUCUAAGUCUACCUCUUCCUCCAAAAAAAUUGAUUGGAAAUAUGGAGCGUGAAUUCAUCGCUGAAAGACAGAAGGGACUCCAGGCCUAUCUCGAUGUAAUUACUACCCAUCACAUACUGUCUAACUGUGAACUGGUAAAGAAAUUCUUGGACCCAAACAGCUAUUCUGUAAACUACACUGAAAUUGCCUUACAGCAUGUUUCAAUGUUCUUCCGAUCAGAGCCAAAGUGGGAAGUGGUAGAACCAUUAAAAGAUAUAGGUUGGCGAAUACGUAAGAAAUAUUUCUUAAUGAAGAUAAAGAAUCAACCAAAGGAGCGGCUAGUGUUAAGCUGGGCUGAUCUUGGCCCUGAUAAGUACUUGUCUGACAAAGACUUACAGUAUGCUGUGAAACUUCUUUCUUCCUGUUCUCAUCCUUAUAUUUACAAAAUCACUUUUGCCACUGCCAAUGAAUCUUCAGCGCUGGUUAUUAGACCAUUCAGUGAAAAAGGGACACUAAAGGACCUUAUUUAUAAGGCAAAGCCAAAAGACCCAUUCCUGAAGAAGUAUUGCAAUCCUAAAAAAAUUCAAGGUCUUGAGCUUCAGCAAAUAAAAACAUAUGGAAGGCAAAUAUUAGAGGUAUUGAAAUUCUUGCACGAGAAAGGAUUUCCUUACGGCCAUCUUCACUCUGCCAAUGUGAUGUUGGAUGGGGAUACCUGCAAGUUGCUGGAUCUAGAAAAUUCCUUGUUGGGACUUCCAUCAUUUUAUCGAUCAUACUUUUCACAGUUUCGGAAAAUUAAUACUUUAGAAGGUGUUGAUGUACAUUGCUUUGGACACUUACUGUAUGAAAUGACAUAUGGAAGACCCCCAGACACGAUUCCAGUAGAGAGCUUCCCCCCUGCACCCUCAGUGUUUGUUGUGUCAGUGUUGGAAUCCAUUCUGACCUGUGAAGCUAUGAAGAAUGGCAUGCCAACUGUCUCACGGCUCUUACAGAUGCCAUUAUUCAGUGACGUCCUGCUAACAAACUCUGAGAAACCACAGUUUAAGAUUCCUACCAAGCUAAAAGAGGCGUUGAAAAUCUCCAAGGAAUGCAUAGAAAAGCGAUUAACAGAAGAACAGAAAUUGAUUCACCAGCACAGAAGGCUGACAAGAGCUCAAUCUCAUCAUGGCUCUGAAGAAGAAAAAAAGAAAAGGAAGAUCUUAGCACGAAAAAAGUCAAAACGUUCUGCCUAUGAAAGUGGGGAAGAACACUCAGCAAAAUACAGCAACUCAAAUAACUCAGCAGGCUCUGGGGCAAGUUCCCCUUUAACAUCUCCAUCAUCCCCCACUCCGCCCUCUACAGCAGAGCAUGCAUCAUUUUGAACGUGAAUUUUCGGAAAAGUAAGCUAAUGCUGAUUUAUCUCUUUAAAGAUGCUCUGUUUCUAAAUGGGAAAGUUGAAUGCAAAUCUUGAACUUAGUAUUGGGAGGGAAUAGAAAAAAAAAUCUGAAUGUUCCUACAGAUUAUUUUAAUGAAAUGCAGCAUCUUUAAAACCUCACUAAAAUGAUUUUCUUUGUUCGCAUCCCAUUCUCAGCCAAGUUUUUAAUGCUGUUUGCACUAUUACUGUCACUUUAAAUUCAUAAUUAAGUUUUUGUUUCAAUUCAGGCAUCAAGUUUACAGCAUCUGAUUUACUUCCUAUUCCUUUUAACACACUCUUUUAACAAAAAUGUCCCUGUAAAAACCCUUGGUAAGUUCUUGUUUGAGUGUUUUAUUCUUACAACUGCAUGAAUGAGUAGAACGUGUGUGUGCAGGCAAUGUCUUCUAACAUGUAUAUUGGAAAGGCCUACUGACAACUGAGCACUUGUCUUAAGUGAUUUUUUCUAGUAAAUACAGGAAAAUUUAUCACUGUUGGGCAGAACAGUUUAAUCUGUAGAUGUAACUACAUAUGAGUACCUGUGUGUGAACUCAGAUGUCCUUUUCACCACUCAUGUCAAGAAGGGAAGGACAGCUUGGUUUGGACUGACUAACUAAAAUGAAUUGAUAUGAAGAUUUUUGGAAUCAUGUUCUUAAUUACCAGGUUCAAUAUGUAAUGCUCAUGGCUAGUCAGAUACCAUUCUGAACCCUGUAUUUAUGUUUUAAGGCAGAGCUCGGGUGUAAGAGUAUCAUUGUCUGUUAUCAGUCUCACAAGAGUUUAAUUGCAUGGUGUUGUCAGCAGCUCUAUUUCAAUAACAGUGAGUCUUGAGGAAUUUAACAAUUUUCGAGGAAGGAAGGUGACCUCUCCCCCUAUACUUCCUGUCUUUUCUACCCCCCUUGUAAAAUAACCAGACCAAAAUUUGAAGAUAGACAUGGAAUCUUGGCCUAAUAAUACUUAGUCAUCCAAGCAUUUUGUGUCUUUUUUGCUCUCCCUCUCUGUCAAACAUGUGCCUUCUUCCACUGUACGUGUUACCGUUGUAUUUGUAUUCCCUGCAGAGUUCUGGCCGCUGUUUUUGUGGCCAAUUCCCUAUUGCACCUUGUACAACUACUUGCAUAGCCUCUUCAGCCUCACCUUGCAAUUCCAGACAAAAAUCUUGGCUUUGUUCUCUGCAGUUCUUGCAUCUCUUUGAAGCCAUUUUGUAUAUGAGUAGCUGCUCUUGGUGCUCUUACAGCAGCUCACCUGAUCUGUUUGGGGACAGGUUGGUGUGCCAGUCCUACAGCCUCUGCUCUGAGCACUUCAACUAUAAAAUGGUUACUUGAACUGUUCUUGGUCAUGUUCUUCCUUUGGCAAAGUGCCAAGUUUCCCUUUCCUGGCAGCCCAUCUAUGUAAGAAACAGGACUCUGACCCAGGGAAUGGUUUUCCAGUAUUCCUAAUAGUAAAUUGACUCACAUCUUUGAUAAGUGUAAAAAGCAGUUUUGGGUAAGUUAGAAGCCAUUGUGUUACGUUUUGAUUACUUCAGAGAACAGUUGAUCCACAUGCACCAGGAACAUUAAAUUGUUUCAGUUGAUCUCUGGUAUUUCUGUUAGGAUUUGAGUAUUUCCUCUGAAAGGGAAGAGAGUGAAGAUGAGCUCAGUAUGUACUUCCAUGUUUUGUUUUCACAGAAGGUUUUCAUGCCAAUGAGAAUUUCUCCUGAAGAGCUGGAAGUGCUACAAUCACAGCACAUAUUAACGUACACUGGCAAAAUUGGACACUUUGUGUGAAUAUUCUGCAUUUUGAGCUUGCUCCCAUAUGGGAAAAGCCUCUCUUCAAAGACUAGUACAAAUAGAAAAUAAGGGAGCUUUAUGUCUUUCAUCUAGUAGAAUAACUGCCUAAUAACAGCAGUGAUGUUUUUACUGCUACUUGUUAGUCUGAAAACAAGUGUUAGUGAGGAAUUGAGAGAGAAAUGGAGCACAGAGAACUUUUGUCUGCUUUUUUUCUGCAGUUGAGCUUUAUCUUUCCUCAAAUACCUUGAGUCUGUGUGGCAUAAUGUCCUUCAACUGCUUGGUAUUUUCUCA